AAAAAGUCAGUGACUUUUAUCCUGUUCAAUGUCGGUUCACAGCAACAGUCAGAGGCCCAUCCGGUGAAUAUACGAUUUUUGAAGGCGAUAUCUUUGAAAGGGAAAAUGGGAAACCUGUCCGUGGACAUGGACUCAAUUCCUAUUUUGGUAUCAACAAGACCCAUAGUUUUAAAGCCUCCGGACUCCAGUCUGAUGUCCAUAGAUUUAUUUGGAAUUAUUCACCAGGAGGCUUUCCACAAAUUUGUGGCACAGGGCCGAUCUGGAUACGAGUUUGGCUAUGGAGUCGACGCCCUGGCGACGCAUAAUGAGCAUUAUCGCCAUGAACAACGACUGGAUGACGGCACUGUGAUUGGCAGCUAUGGCCUGAGGGAACCAGAUGGAAGAAUUCGCAUUGUGGACUAUGUUGCUGAUGCAGGUGGCUUCAGGGCGACAGUAAGACGUUCGCAAGCUAAUGGCCAGCCUUCGUUCCUUGCCCUUGGCACUCCUGAAAAGGGCAACAACAGAGUGAAACGUGAUACUGUUCAGCAACAUCAACAGCAGCAGCAGCAGCGAUUCAUUCGGGUCCCUCCGGGCUUCCUAGUCCCACCUCCGAUCCCGCGAAACCCACGUCUUCAUCUGGUUCCGACCGGCGACAGGGCUAAUGCUCACCGUGACCCCCGAGGUCAGGUCGUUCAUCAUCGAGUGAUGCUGGGCACGAUCCCCAAGAGGCAAAUGAUCCCACCCGGAAUUCAAAGCACGACGUUGUCAUCGACACAGGACGAUUCCAGACACGUGGUGAAGCUGUCAGUUGGCAUCCUGGUGCCAUCGGAAGUCCAAACGUACCACCCUCAUUUUCCACCACACGGUGGUGACGAUUUGCAACCACAAAUUGCACCAAUAGUCCUCAAUAAUAAGAACCACGCUCAUCCUCAGCAAAUGUCUGAGGUCCACUACAUCCCUGAAUACGAAAACAAUCUCAUCAGUCCCGAAGAGAUCGUCGGUCACACGAACGUGGAUAUUCCUGUGGUACAAGAAGAACAACAAAGGCCUCCGGGUUACGCCUUUCCUCAUCCUCAUCAGGACACAAAUAAUGACUACGUAGAGCAAGAAGAGGAGAUUCCAUUCAACAACAAUGAAGACCCUUGGGAUGGAUAUCUUAUUGAUGAGAAUAAUGAGGAACUCGUUGUUGAACCCGAACAAGGCUGGCCGUCGCANGACAUUGACUCGCUCGAAGCCGAGGUCACCAAGCAAAACAGUGUUGCCAAAAUUCAGUCGGAGCAGUCGACCAGCCUCAAAGCUCUGCUUGACCUC